AUGAAGAUUCCCAGCACCGUAGUAUUAAUGAGGAAGACCGAACAGGACUUCAACGACCCUGAUGACAAAUGGUCAGGCUUGCACAAUUUCGGAAAUAUGUUGCUUCAGAAAAUGGUUUCCUUGAAGCUCAUUAGUGCUGAUAUCAUCGAUUCCAACCCCAGUGUAGUCAUUUUGGAGUUGUCUUUGUUUGUAGAAAAUAAAUAUGGAGGAAAGGUAGGAUCAGAGAUUCACUUAGAAGGAUGGAAUAACAGAAGCGCUUACUUGGAAGACAGAACAAUCCAUGUUUACUUUGAGUGGGACAAAGAUUUUGGAACACCAGGAGCUGUCUUGGUUCAUAAUCCAUAUGAAAGUGAAUUCUACCUCAAAACCAUCACUCUUCAAGAUGUUCCUGGUCGAGGUCCCAUCCAUUUCCUUUGUAAUUCUUGGGUUUACCAAAACCAAGGGAGCCGUAUUUUCUUCUCUAACAAGGCAUAUCUUCUACGUGAUACCCCAGAAGCACUUCGUAAGUGUAGAGAAGAAGAGUUGAGAAUGUUGAGAGGAAAUGGGGAAGGAAAGCUUGAGGAAUGGGAUCGAGUUUAUGAUAAUGCUGUGUACAACGAUUUGGGAAGGCUCCCUGUUCUCGGAGGUUCACACGAGUAUCCUUAUCCUAGGAGAGGAAGAACCGGUCGGCCGAUAUUAGGUUAAGCAAAUUAUUGUAUUUAUAUAUUAAGUAAUUUAGAUUUUUUAUGGUAAAAUUACCAUAGUGGUCCUGUGUUAAGAGUUAAAUUGCAAUUUGUUCAUUUUACUAAAAAAUAACAAAUUAGUCCCUAUACAUUAGAUUAAUAAGCAAAUUAAUCAUUUCUGUUAAAA